AUGGCUUCCUUUCUAGACCAAGCAACCCAGAAUCACAACGCCUCCCACGCACACGUACAGGAUAUCAACAAUGCAGCCAAGCAAAAAACACCACGCAAGAAACCAACAGCUAAGGUGCCUCAGGCGAAAUCUCUUCUUUCCGAAGACCUCGGCGGAGGAUUGGCGCAGAUCCUCAUGACCCAAGCCAGGGACAUUGACUCGAUGAACAUCAUUCAACGUCUGCAAUUCCUUAAGCAGGAGGCCUUACUGGGACCAAGAUUUAUCGACUUUAACCAGAGCAGCACCACUGUUCUGACGACUUCGUUUUCUUCCCAAGGCCUAUUGUCGCCUGCCCACGAUGUCUGUGAACAUCAACAGUGCAUAUCUACUUCGAUGACUGUGAGCUUCAACUCCUCCAGCACGAGCCUGAACCAUAUUCCUGGCCAACCAAGAAGAAAGAAUAACGAUAUCCACACCUUUACACUCGACGACUUUACGGCCAUUUCGGCCCUGGGCUCCCUGGUGGAGCGCUUCGGCAAAGUCUCCCACAUGGGGAUCCUCGACCCUAGCUACCGAUUCUUCAUGACCAAGGAUCGCCAAGCAGCGCUUUAUUACAAGGUCAGGAACAAUGUUGCCGUUGUUGGCGGUGAUCCUCUCUGCGAUCCAGCAGGGUACAAUCAUCUUUUGUCUGAAUUUCGUCGGCUGCGUAAACGGCGGCGUUGGGGUGUGGUCUUUCUGGGUGCAACGGACGAGUUCGCGUCAUAUGCAAGCAAGCACAAAUGGGUGACUAUGCGAUUCGGCACCGAGCGAGUCCUCAAUCCUCUCAACAACCCUGUCCUCCAGGAGAAGGAGCAGAAGAGGAUGGUUACACAAAACAAGCAUCUCCUCGACCCUGAAAAAGGGGGCAUAUCAGUCCAAGCUUAUGCUCCAGCUCAGGGGCGUGACGAGGCUUUGGAGCGGGAACUGCGCCAGGUGUACGACCUGUGGAGAGAGUCUCGCAACCAGUCCGGCCAGCCACAGGCGUACAUGACUGUUUUCGAUCCAUUUGCCAUCCCAAUGCUCAUGACAUAUCUCUAUACCACGGAUCGACAAGGCCAAUGCAACGGCUUUGCCGCUCUGCGCAAGAUUGGUGCGAACAAGGGAUACCACAUUGAUCCUUACUGCGCUACGCCAACGGCACCGAAAGGCAUCACCGAUCUCCUCGUCUUCUCUGCCAUGUCUCUUCUUCAGCAAGCCGGCAUCGGCUAUCUGAGCUUCGGGUUCGAACCAGCCUCACAGCUCGACGAGGUCACAGGCCUGUCGCGGCCCACGACCGCACUCACCAAAUCCUGCUACCGACGCGCAUUCCGCCAUCUGCCCAUCGGCGGCAAGAAGGCCUACCACGACAAAUUCCGCCCGGACCCGGCCCUGGACUCUGGCUUGCACAUCAUCUACCCGAGCGGCGCGCCGAGUCUGCAAGACGCCCUGGCCACGCUGCACUUUGCCAACGUGGAAGUGCGGGAGCUGUUGAAGCGCGAAAUCUUCAGUGGGUGGUGGAGAACCAAGGAGUCCGCCCGCGGUCCCGAACAGAAGAAGGGAGGAGAGACGGCGCCUGCCGCAACGACCACCUGA